UAUGAAGCAAAUGUUUAGAUUUGUGAUUUGUAGUGUGUCUUGAAAGGAGUUAUAUGAUAUAAAUUUCACUUUGAACAAAUGAAUUAAAAUAAGUCAGUUUCUACACCAUGCGCUUCUUUUCAUUGUCCAACCGCGUCGCCAGCAUACGCGCCAGAAUUGACAACACAUUCAGCUUACCUGAACGCUUCAAGGGCUCUUUUGUGGAAAGGCUUACAAAUUACUGGAAAAGUCUUCUGACCGACUAUAAAGAUGUAGCCGUUGGAGUUGUCAAGGAAAGUAUCAAUAAACCAAAGAAAGCCAUGUUUUAUGGUGGACUUGGAUAUACGGCUUACUUGUGUGGUAAACGUAACCCUGGUGAAGAAGAUUUUACUAUGCAGUUUCGUUUGGCCACCAAUAAUAUGAUAUUGGUACACCCAUCACUGCAAAAUCCCAACUCAGAUGCCUACCUUAGACGACUACAAGAGGCUAUCAAUCAGAAUCGUCUACGAUUUUUGUCACUUGGUAUCUUCACACUAGUGUGGGAGGAUUUGUACGACAGUGAUGACUGCACAUACCCGGCAAUAUGUGAAUAUACAAAGGUUUCAUUUUGGUCGAUACCACAACAUGUUGUGGAUGUAGGAUUUUGGAAUAAAUUUUGGCGCCUGAAAUGGGAACUGCACAAUUACGAUGCAAAUUAUUUGUAAUGUGAAUAUGCAACUAAUGUUAAAUUUAUAUAAUUAAUUUUUGUUUAACUAAAAAUAAAAAAGUUAAUAAAUAUCGUUAAAACUGUA